AAAACAACGCAAAAUUGCAAAACCAGGCAAAACUUGUCGUUUAUCAUUGUUAUUGUUGUUUAUAUUUAACAGUUUUAAAUCAAUAUUUAUAAUUUGAAUUCCCCAUAUGAAUUGUUAAAACUGAUAUGGUGAAAUACUUGCUAUUAAAAAGUACGAGAUUAUGGUGUUUUGUUAAGUGAAAAAUUGCGUGAAAAUCAAAAAUGAAUACUAAUUCUCUCUCCACCAAUCGAUCUAUGAAAAUUGUUCCUACACUAGAAGACACGUUAAAUACUAUCGGACUCAACACACAACUCGACGAAAAUGUACAAGCUUGGUUUAAUCAACUGACAAUUACUUGGCUAACAUGGAAAAGAUCUCCCAAUCUUGAACAUCACUUACAAGUGUUUUUUGAGACGAACCCAGAUCGGUAUAGAAUAGCACUUGUUUUUGUUGCAAAAUGUAAAGAGUCCAAAGAUUGUAAGCCUAAAACACUCCCAUUCUUCAUAAUGGAAAUUUUAUAUAAAUGGUCUAGUAAAAGUGACACUUCCCCUGAAGAUUGCUUAAAAUUUCCCGCAUUCCGAAUUGCUACAGAGCAAAGGAAUCAGCAGUACCUUAACUUAGUUGUUAAAACAUAUAAAAUUGUAACAAUAAAGGAAACAAUAUUACCCCUUGUAAAAGACAUGUUAAAAAAUGACAAUUGUAAACAAGCUUCUCAAGUUGUUUUAGCAAUGGAGUUGUAUGAAGACAUACCAGUUGAAGAUUUACUUUUUCCACUCAUAAUCCAGGACAAAUAUAACAUGAUUGUUGAAUAUCUAUCAGAGUGUCCAAAACAAGUGCUACCAUUAGUACUUUUUUUGGAUAAGAUCUUGGAUAAAAAUGUUGCUAUUCGUGACCUUGUACAAAGAUACAUUUUUGAUUACAAUAUCACUUGUGUUAACUAUGAAAAAUUACAUCAUAAACCUCUUGGUAAGUUUGUGGGACGUUUAUGCAGUAAAUUUAAUGUCCCUAUAGAGACCUGUAAAAAUUUGUGCAAAAAUCGUACUCUUGGUGGAUUAAGAUAUCUAAUACAUCAAAAGUAUGUAGAUCACAAUGUUAGUUUGAGAGUAUGGGAUGAUUUAAUAAAAGAUACACUGAAAGAAAAUUCUGAGUUAGCACUAGAAUUUGUUUAUAUGAUAGUAAAUCAUGAUAGAAAAGAGGCUGCAAAGUGGUCCCAAUUCUUCAACUUACCGGAGAGUGAGCUACCAUAUUUACUUAAAAAGAUGUCUUUAAAUACAGUCUCCCCAGAAAACGAGAAUUGGGAUGAUGGUGAUGAAAACAUAAAUCAAAACUUUUAUGAAAUAUCCUUACCAGCAGAUAGAAUUAUAAUCAUAAAUACACCUGAAAUGUUUUAUGACUUAACAAAUACACAUUUAGCUAACUGUAAUUUGGUCAGUAUUGAUAGUGAGUGGAAGCCAUCUUUUGGUGCUGCACAAUCACAAGUAGCACUGAUACAAAUUGCUGUUGAAAACUAUGUGUAUUUAAUAGACACAUUGUCACUUAAUAAGCCACAGUAUAUAAGUUUCUGGCAUGAUUUCAAUAAAUCACUGCUAGAUAAUGCUGAAAUCAUAAAAUUAGGUUUUGGUUUGGAACAAGAUCUGAAACAAAUUAAAGGUUCUGUUGUAGGUUUAAGUAAUAUUAAAGUAAAAGGUGAAGGUUUACUUGAUUUAUCAACAUUAUGGAAAAAUCUCAUAAGUUCCGGUUUAAGUUUGCAAAGUAGUAGUGGUAAUUUUGGUAACAGUCUGAGUUCUUUAGUGGAAGUAUGUUUUGGUUAUCCUUUACGUAAAUCGGAACAGCGUUCCAACUGGGAAAUUAGACCUUUACGUAAAACACAAAUUCAAUAUGCUGCUAUUGAUGCACAUGUUCUUGUUGAACUAUAUAAGUUCUUACAAGAGAAAUGUAUUGAACAAAAUAUAAAUUUUGAAGAAAUAUGUAAUGAUACAAUGAUAGAUAAGAAGACCAAAACUGUUAAACCUAAAUGUCCAGAAAAAACUGCUACUAGUUCUCCUGUACAAGUAAAAACAGUUGAUGAUGUUAAGUUUUUUGUAGAAAGCAAAUUAAUUAAUUACAUUCCAUACUUGAGAUGUUAUGGAAUUGACACACUACUUAUGCCAGAUACAUUGUUAUGGCAUGAUAUAAUUAAUCAAGCUAUGUCUGAGAAUCGCUAUAUUUUAUUGGCUAAACUGAAGUUCACUCCGAUAAAAAAUUACCCCCAAAGUUCUAUUUUAAAUGUUGGUACAGGUUAUGUCACUCUAGAGAUGCUUCAAGAAAUCAAAAAUUAUUUUAACAUACAGAUAAAGGAAAGUGAUCUUACUAAAAGAUGCAUAAAUUGUAAUGCCUCUGAUUUAGAACAAUUGACUUCUGAGAAGGUGAGUGAAUUAUGUAAACAAUAUUGGAAUGUUAGUAGUGUAUCAAAUAAUGUUAAUUAUACUGCUCCUACUGAAGAUGAUUAUUAUGAAAAAUGUGAUAGAUUUCUGAGUGAUUCAGAAGGUGAUGAUGACAUUGUUAGUACACCCACUCGUAAUGUAUGUGUUACAAGUACUGGAAUGCACCUUCAAAUCCAAAAUGUCCAAAAUCUCUGUCAAUCACCUCAAGCUGCAACUAUUUGUAAUUCAUGCGGUAGGUUAUUUUGGGAUGGUGAUGAUAUGUACAAAACAGUAAUGUCUGUUGCUAAUAAUAGUCUUAAGUGAAUACUAAGUGAUGUUUAAUGGUACAAACUGAAAAAUAUCAUGUGAACUCUUAUAAUAGAGUUGUGGUAUUUAAAAAUUAAUUGAAUUGACUGUAUUACUUUGUAUGUGAAAAGUCAAUCACAAUUGCUUUAGCACAUUUACACAAGUAAUAAAUUAAUGUUACUUUAUGCUGGCAACACUUGUAUUUGAAAAAUGUAGAUUUUAAAGUUGCAAAUGUGUAAGGAAAGAUGAAAAAGAUAGCUUGUGUAGUUAUAGCAGUUCAUUUUUUGAAUAAUGUAUUAAACAACAAAAUAAGUAAUCACUAAAUUUCCAAUUUUUAAUUAAUAUGGUAACAGUAUUUUUUUGUUAAGUUGGUUUUAUUUAAAUUCUUAAUUCUUAUCAUUAAAUCUUCACAAAUACAGAUUUUUACAAAUAAUGUAUUUAAAAACCUGCAAUAAAGCAAUAACUGAUGUUCUAAUAAUAUAUUUUGUAUCAUUGUACAACAGAAACGAUAUAAUUAAGGGUACAAAUACCAGAAAUAGUUUAAGAUAAAAAAAUUAAGAGAAUUAAUUGAAAUUAUAACAAAAAAAUUUGCAAGAAAAUAUUUAGUUUUAGUGCAUAAACUUUACGAUUAUUUUUUAUGCAUCAAAUAUUAAUACAGAAACGGUAGAUGUAGUCGUGUUUUGUUGAAAAGGA